UAUGUCACUUCAAAAAACGUAAACAAAAGUAGUGUGUUGUAGGUGGUCUCUUGUUGCAAUUUUAUUUUCAUCAUUGCAUUCGAGAGAAGAAAUAUUUAAAUUAGACGGAAAAUGUUUAAACUGAAAGAACUCAUCAGUAAGCAGACAAAUGUGCUGAAGAUUCCUGCAGUGCAAUACUUUCCAAUUGCAUUCAAAAAACGAUUUAAAAACACUGACCCAUCCUUGGACGAAACAAAGAAUUUUAAGCGCAAACUCCAGGAAACUGACUCUAACGUCACUAAACACUGCCUGAUGAUGGGUUACUCUGGAUGUAAAUAUCGAGGAAUGCAGUAUCAAAGUCAAGACGGCGCACCGACAAUUGAAGAAGUUUUAUUUAAAGCAAUGUUGGAGUGCAAAUGGAUCACUUAUGAUCAGUAUAAGAAGCCGCACAGUAUAGGAUUUUACCACGGUUCCCGGACUGACAAGGGUGUCUCAGCUCUAAGACAAUGCUGUUCGAUUUUAUUGCCUACUGGUCUGAACAUUGAAGAUAUCAACCAAAAACUUCCUGACGAUGUUCGAGUAUUUGGUCUGAAGGAAGUCCCACUCAAAUUUCAUGCUCGGUAUUUUUGUAGGGCUAGAACUUACGCGUACACAUUGCCUACGAUAGCCUUUAGUCAUUACAAUGAUCAGUCGUCGCAAGUGAAAUAUCGCGUAUCAGCCGAUAAGUUAAAGUUUAUCGAUGAACUUCUUCAACUCUUCAAGGGAAACAAGAACUAUCACAAUUUCACCGUCGAUAAAACCUAUUCGGAUCGAUCCAGUUAUCGUCAAAUACUAGAUGCGGUAUGUGAGGCACCAUUCCUAGUCCAUGAUGUGGAAUUUUGUACGAUUCGACUGAAAGGAAGAAGUUUUAUGAUGCAUCAGAUUCGGAAAAUGUUAGGUCUGAUGUUGGCCGUUGCUCGUGAGGUGACUGAUAGAAGCAUUUUUGAUAUGGUGUUCACUGACAGAGCGAUAAAUUGCCCAACGGCACCUGGGCUGGGAUUAGUGUUGGACCGUUUACACUUCAAUUCGUUCGAUCAGAAACAUGACAGCCAAUACGGGACGCUCUCAUGGGAAGAAUGUGAGGAGAAUGUACAGCAGUUUUUUGAAAACCAAAUUAAAUCGAAAAUUGUCGGGACGGAAAUUCAAGAGGAACAAAUGAUGCAGUGGCUGGAAACCAUUCUGAAUUAUCUGUAUAUUCCUGAGGAAAAUAACGAUGAGUUUGCCCAAAGCCAUAAGGCUUACAUCUAAAAAAGAGUGUCAACGGUUAAUAAACGUCUCGUUCGA